AUGUCAGAACUGGGAGAUCGGGUCAUGGCGGUGGUCGUCAGCGAUGGAGGGGACAUCGAGGUGGACAAGGCGCAGAGGAGAAAGCAGCGCAGGGAAUCCCUGUGGAGUGGUGAGGGUUUCAUUCCCUUCCACCUCCUCUUGAAGCCCUCGCACACGAAGCUGGAUGUGACGAGGUCCAACGUCAGAGUAGAGGAUGUAAAGAUGUCGCUCUUCAAGAAAACGACCCACAUUGACAACAUUGACGUCUCCUACAUCGAAAAUAUCAAUCGCACGACGGUGAUACCGGGGUGCUUCUCAGCAAAACGGAAUCUUAUAAACUUUAAAGACACCAAAGCACACAAGGAUUACUCUAUCCGGGUGAAGACAGACGAGGAUGCCCAGAGAUUAGAAGAGAUGCUCCUCCAGAUCAUGGAAGACGAGCAAAGCAGGAGCAAGUUUAGGGACUGA